ACUCGUGAGUGGACUUUGGACACAUCCUGAAGGAUGUUAUUUAGCACACGUAUUCUAAUGUUUUUCGAUCAUAUGGGAUGUCGUCAAAAUGAAGGAAGAAAAAGAUGCCUUCUUUAAAGAUGUUUUUAAAAUUGGACCAAGCUUUAAAACGGACUUUACCGUCUCCUUAACGAGUACCUCAAUAACGUAUGAAAACGAUUUAGCGAAAAGUGUUGAAGAAAUUCACUUGGAGGAUGUCAUCGGCGUCAAUGUCAAUCAUUCUGACAAUGGAAUUGAAUGUUCGUAUAUUCACGUUUUCUCCUACCCUUUGAGGAAAAAGUUGUUUUUCAAAGAAGCGAAAAGGCAAAGAGUCGAGCAUGUAUUUGCGGUUUCAUCCAAGGGCGACGCUGGAGAUCAUUUAAAGACAGCUGAAAGUUGGGUUCGAUGCAUUAAAUGGCUCUUAAUAAAAGACGCUGAUGUGAAACGUGAUGUGAAAUUGGCGUCGACGCAUCAAGAUUAUCCUCCAAAACAGCAGUAUCUGGUUGUCGUCAAUCCAUUUGGUGGAAAAGGGACAGCACAGAAGGUGUUCGACACAAACGUCAAACCAAUGUUAGAGGAAGCUGAUGUAGAUUACCACCUGGAAGUCACAGAACACAGGGGUCAUGCCAGGGAAAUUAUUCAAGAGCUGGAUGGGACUAUUCUGAGAAACUUUGAUUGUAUUAUUUGUUGUAGUGGUGAUGGAAUCAUCAAUGAGGUAGUCAAUGGACUUAUGAGUCGUCAAGACUGGGAAGAGGCUAUUAAGACGCCUAUUGGUCAUAUUCCAUGUGGUUCUGGGAAUGGCUUGUGCGCUGCUUCAUUGUAUCAUUCUGGUGAACCGUUUGAUAUCAUAAGCUCAGUGUUUACUAUUCUCACUGGUGUGAAAUGUCCACUGGAUAUCAUAAAAACACAAACGUCCAAUCCUCAGCCAUGUUACUCGUUCUUGGCAAUUGCUUACGGUAUUGGAGCUGAUGUGGACAUUGAAUCUGAGAAGUAUCGUUUCAUGGGAGAAUAUCGCUUUAAUUUCAUGGGUCUUAAGAAAAUUUUUCAAAAACAGAUAUUCUCUGGUAAAUUGUGGUAUCUCCCUAUUGGUGAUAAUGUUUGUGUUAGUAAUAGUCAUGAAGAUUGUGGUGAUGAUGUCAAUAAACAAGAACAGAAUUUGAGAGAUGGAAAAUUAGAAGAUGUUAUUUUGAGUGAUUGUACAUUGAAAAGUGGCGAUGUAAACAAUGUUGUCUUGAAUACAACCAACUGUGAUCUUUCAAACGGUGCUGCUGGAACUUCAGAUACAUGUGAACAGAAGGAGAGUGUUUGUGAACAGAACCUGGGAGAUGGAAAUUUAAAGAAUGGUGUUCUUGGAAACGGAAUACUGGAUGAUGGUAUUUUAAAGAAAGUAAAAUCAAAUGAUGGUAGUACAAGCGAUGGUGUUUUAGUCAAUGGUAGUCACGUCCAUGAAAAACCCGUUAUCCCUAGUAACUUUUUGCCUGAUUUCCAAGCACCAAUUCCUGAUUCUUGGAAAGUUAUGGAAGGAGAUUUCAUUGGCUGGGUAUUUAUAAAUACAUCUCAUAUCGGCAAGGAUGCGUUCUUCGCUCCAGAGGGCGUCUUUGGGGAUGGAAUUAUCCAUUGCAUGUGUCUAGGUGGAGAAAUGACCCGUGCGGACUUGUGCAGAGUGUUAACGCAGAUGGAUACAGGGGGACACGUGAACGUACACGGUGUGACCAUGCUUAAAGCACGUGCCUUUAGAUUCGAGCCGAAGUUGGCAAGAUCCAAGAUCUUCACUAUUGAUGGUGAGGAAUUUAAAUGGGAUACGUUGCAGGCCGAGGUGUUUAAAGGACUGGGACAUGUUCGCUGUCGUGAGCCCGCUGUCGCUGGUCAACCAUGCAAAGAUCAAUAAAUUGAUAUUUUGGAUUCAAUUUAAACCAUUUAAAAUUACAAGCAAAAAGAAACGUAUUCGUUGUUAACAUUCCUAUUGACAUUCUGUCGCGAUAUAUUAAAUUAACGAACAUAGUAAACUUGUUAUAUGAAAAGAGAUAUUUUUAAAGAAUUUUACCUAAUUUAAAUAUUUGUGAAGAAUUUAAACUGAUUGCAGUUGAUUUGUAAUUUAUUUGAAUUGUUUUAUUUAACGUUUAUUUGUUUGAACAUUGUAUG